AAAGGGCUGGCUGGCUCCACCCAGUGGGCGUCUCGGCGGGCGGCUGGGAGCGUACCUUGAGGGCGGACCUCGCGAGCCUAUUGGCUGACUUGCUGGCAUGGCGGGCGCUGAUUGGGUGACCUCUCAGAAGCCGGCUCUGACAGUGUGCGGAGCCCAUGGCGGCCGCGGAUCUGCGGACGGAGCUGGACUCGCUGCUCCUGCAGCUGCUCGGGGACCUGGAGGAACUGGAAGAGAAGCGCGUGGCGCUCAACGCCCGAGUGGAGGAGGGCUGGCUCUCGCUCUCCAAAGCGCGCUACGCCAUGGGUGCCAAGUCGGUAGGGCCUCUGCAGUAUGCCUCCCGCAUGGAGCCCCAGGUCCGCGUCUGCACCAGCGAAGCCCAGGACGGACUCCAGAAGUUCUGGAUGGUGAGGGCCGGCACCCAGACUCCAGAGGAGGUGGGACCCCGCGAGGCAGCUCUGCGCAGGCGUAAGGGUCUCACGAGGACCCCAGAGCCAGACCCUUCCCCAGCUCCCCAGGACCCUCUGAACUGGUUUGGAAUCCUCGUUCCUCACAGUCUGCGGCAAGCUCAAGCUAGCUUCCGGGAGGGUCUGCAGCUGGCUGCAGACAUGGCCAGCCUUCAGAUGCGCAUCGACUGCGGUCGAAGCCAGCUCCAGGGGCUCCAGGACAAACUGAAGCAGCUGGAACCCAGCGCUCUCUGACCUGCCACCACAGAAACAAGGCAGUGGGACACAACUGUUCUUCAAUGUGGCUGCACUGUCUCAGGACUUCUUCCCUCACAGAUUGCCCCCUACCCCAGCUAAUCCCCACUCCUUAAUACUUCUCUGGUCUGCGUGUUUCCAACUUUGUUAGGUGGGGAAAUUUGAAGAGGCAAAGUGAGGAAUGUUGAAAGUCGCUACUUGUGAAACCACUUCUAGACUUGUGUUGUCCCAGGAUGUAUUCAGGUGGGGCAGGCACAAAGCUGUUAGGUUAGUUCAUAUCACUGAACAACUAUAACAAUCUCAUGCGUAAGUCAGCUGUGGUUUUUUUCAUUACAGGAUGAAAUACUGCACAGCUCGUGGCAGGAAGGACAAGAAGUAGGUGCUUCAGUUUCACUAGAUCCUUAAAAGUGAUUUUGAUGGAGGAAAGAACUGUACACAGCUAGCAGAUCAGGACAGAAUGAUUCCUCGUUAAUAAAACACACAUACCUGAGUAGACAAGCCGUGCUUGGCAGGUUUUAAGCCAGAAAAUUAAAAAGGAUCUGACCUAGAUUUUCAAGGGAACUCUUUCAAGAGACCUGCCUUUAUCUUUCCACAAGUGAGUCUCUUAAUUUGUUGAAAGGCCAGGAACUCUGUGUCCACGCUUCAUUUUCUUACUGGCUUGUUGAUAUUUUUAGCAGUUUCUAGGAGCUUAUCAUUAUGUUUGGGGGAAUGUUAGUUUUUUGUUCAUAAUAUGAGAUGUAAAUUUUUUUUCCUAGUUUGUCUUUUAACUUUACUUGUGGUGGUUUAAAAGAAAAAAAAAUUUUAUAAAAUAAAACACAUUAAACUGCACAGAACAAUUGA